AUGGGCAAUCAAGCAACCACUUUGAAAGUCGCCAUCUGGGUUGCUAAGAACUUCGAGAACCAAAUAAGGGAAAAGAAUCUGGAGAGGACCGAAGUGGGUGAGAAAAGAAAGAUUGAAGGAUCCUCAAGGUCCGAUGAGAAGAGAAAAUUCUCAAAGUAUGAUUCGAAGGAGUACGAACAAGGAGCACAAUGGUGUGAUAAGUGUAAGAGGAAACACAUUGGGAGAUGCUCUAAAGAGAUGACCUACUUCAAAUGCGGGAAGACUGGUCAUUACGCCAGUGAAUGCACAACCAAAAGAGAAGUCUGCUUUAAGUGUGGUGAAGAAGGACACUUCAAACAAAACUGCCCAAGAAGAGAAGAGGCUACAAGGUCGAAUCUGCCGCCACAGCCAAAGACAAGAGCAUUUCAAAUGAUCCUUGACAAAGCAAAUGACAAUGCGGGGAAUCAAGGAUAA